CUCGUCGUCCGUGGGUUUUUUACCUCUAUUUGAGGAUUUUUCCCACGUUAAAUAUUGUGUGUCCCUUAUUGCUUUUCUUGCAUUAUUUUUCUUAUUAAUUUCUCGAUCUUAUUACGUUUCCGCUACGCUCUUAUACCUAACACAAACACACAACUUUGCUAUAUAUACCUCCUCAUUGAUAUCUUCUCCUCAUCAAUGCAACCACUAGCUAGCUUAAUAUACUUCCUUCACAAAACAUUCCUUGUCAUUUCAAUUAUAAUUAUACCAUUACUCAAUAAUCAUGAAACAAUUAUCUAGAAAACACAAGAAAUUACUACUAUUAGGCCUUCUUUUCUCCCUUCUAUUCAUUGCUACCACAAUUUGUGUUAGCAUUGGAAUAAGAUCAUCUCAUCAAGGAGACAAUAAUCACAACCCUAGACUAUCCCAUGAAACACAUACCAUUCUCAAAGCCUCAUGCAGCAACACUCAAUACCCAGACCUUUGCUACUCAGCCAUUGCCUCCGCCCCAUCCUCCACCACCACAAAAAUCUCCACCCAAAAGGACGUUAUUGCCGCGUCCUUGAACCUCACUACUCUGGCCGUGGAGCAUAACUUCUUCACCGUCGAGAAACUCAUCGAAACUCGAAAAAACCUAACAGUUCGUGAGAGGAAUGCCCUCCACGACUGCCUUGAGUCCAUCGAUGAAACCCUAGAUGAGCUCAGGAGGACCUUACAGGACCUCCUGAGCUACACGCAUACUAACAAUAACAAUAACAAUAACAAUAACAACAACAAUAAUAAUAAUAAACGCGGUAAGUCCUUAAAGGACUACGCGGAUGAUAUGAAGACACUUGUAUCAGCUGCCAUGACCGAUCAAGAGACUUGCCUAGAUGGAUUUUCCCAUAAUCGAGCCGAUAGGCACGUGAGGGAAACGCUCCAAAGCGGGCAAGUCCAUGUAGAACACAUGUGUAGCAAUGCCUUAGCCAUGAUUAAGAACAUGACUGACAUUGAUAUGGCUGCUGAAGCAGCCACUAAGAAGAGGCAGCUUUACACUGAUGAUGAUGAUGAUGGUGGUGGUGAUCAUUUUUAUAAGUUUGGUUGGCCAAGGUGGAUGUCAAGUGGGGACAAAAGGAUGCUCCAGGAGGGUCCUGAGAAGGCGGAUGUCGUGGUGGCUGCUGAUGGAAGUGGGGACUUCCGGUCGAUCGCCGAGGCGGUGAAAGCAGCGCCGGAUAAGAGCAAGAAGAGGUACGUGAUCAGGAUUAAAGCAGGGGUGUAUCAAGAAAAUGUGGAGGUUGGUAAGAAAAAGAUGAAUCUUAUGUUCAUUGGAGAAGGGAGGACGAAGACGAUUAUUACUGGGAAGAAGAAUGUGGUUGAUGGUAGCACCACAUUUGAUUCUGCUACUGUGGCAAUCACGGGAGACAAUUUUUUAGCCAGAGACUUGACCUUCGAAAACACCGCUGGACCAUCAAAACACCAAGCUGUAGCACUUCGUGUAGGUGCGGACCUCGCAGCAUUCUACCAGUGCGAUAUCUUAGCUUACCAAGACACACUUUACGUCCACAAAAAUCGACAAUUCUUCGUCAAGUGCCUAAUUGCAGGUACCGUCGAUUUCAUAUUUGGUAACGCAGCAGUCGUGUUCCAAGAUUGCGACAUUCAUGCACGUAAGCCUAACUCAAACCAAAAGAACAUGAUCACAGCACAAUCUAGAACAGACAUUAACCAAAACACCGGAAUAGUGAUCCAAAAAUGUCGAAUUGAUGGUACUUCGGACUUACAAGCAACGAAGAAUAGUUUUUCGACGUAUUUAGGUAGACCAUGGAAAGAUUACUCUAGGACAGUAAUUAUGCAAUCGUUCAUAAGUGAUGUGGUUCAUGAAAAAGGGUGGCAUGAAUGGGAAGGUGAGUAUGCAUUAAAAACUUUGCAUUAUAUGGAGUAUAAAAAUAGUGGUCCAGGUGCUGAUACUUCAAAGCGUGUACAAUGGAGGGGAGUGCAAGAAAUUAGUGAAGUUGAUAAGGCUCAAGAGUUUACUCCUGGGAAUUUUAUUGCAGGAGGUAGUUGGUUAGCCUCUACUACUUUCCCUUACUCUCUUGGUCUUUGAGUACAUUAAUUUUAUUAUUUGAUCUAUAUAUAGCAUAUAUUAUGUAUUUGAAAUGUCUUGUUUGUAUCAUUUGUGGGUUAAAAUAAAAGGCAAAAGGGGUGGAGUAUGUAUGCUUUUCAUUUGUAAACUUGUCAUAGUUGAUUCAUUUGAUGUAAUGUAUGUUGCUUAAUUGUUCAUCAAAGACUAGCAAGUCUAAUGUCUAUGUGAUUGGCAACUCUUAGUUGAAGUUGAUUUAAGCUUGCUAA